AUUUUUGUUUUUGUUCUGUUAAUAUUACCUUGUAUAAAUUCGCUUUGGUUGACAGUUUUCCAUUUACCUCUUCAAAAGCCAGGAACACUGGAAAUGAUAAGGACUGGUAGAAAAGGAGCAGUUGUAUCCGCGCUCAAGCAAUUACGUCAAAAUGUCUCAACAUGGUCUACUCCUUUGGCCACAGCAUUCAACUCUCCUCCAUAUAAGAAAAUCAACUUUACGCGAGAUGAGUCGGGGCUCUUUUGUCUACCCGAAUUGCGUUCCUUUGAAGGAUUUUACCUAAUGCGCGACAAUGUAGCAAAUAAAACAGAUGAAUUAAUAACUGAAGCUAUAUCGACUAAUCGCCGACGAAAAAUGGUCGAGAUUUUUGACGAACUCUCUGACUCGCUUUGUAAAGUAGCUGAUUUAGCUGAAUUUAUACGAAUUGCACAUCCCAAAAUCAAAUAUAGCCAAGCUGCAGAGGAAGCAUGUAUUACUAUAAGUGGGAUUGUAGAAAAUCUAAAUACGCACAAACCUUUAUAUAUGGCGCUACGGGAUGUAGUAGAAAAUGGUGAUUUUAUCCCUACCAGCGACGUAGAUAAACAUGUAUCCAAACUAUUCUUGUUUGAUUUCGAACAAUCGGGCAUUCAUCUACCGGAAAAUGAACGCCAAAAAGUUGUUCGACUCAAUGAUUAUAUUUUGCAGUUGGGACAAAAAUUCAUGACUGGUGCGGUACAGCCGACGAUUGUUCGACGCAGUGAUGUUCCAUCAUCAGUUCGUAGUUAUUUUCCUUCGGAGGGUGACAACGUUCUUGUUUCCGGUUUAUAUACGAACUCGUCAAAUAAUCAAGCACGAGAAACCGCUUAUCGCCUAUUCCUUCAACCAUCUCAGCAGCAAGAUCAACUGCUCUCAGAUUUAUUGUUAUGUCGCCAUGAACUAGCUCGAACUUGUGGUUUCGAAACCUAUGCACAUCGAGCACUGAAUGGUAGCACUGUAGAGCAUCCACAGAUGGUUAAAGAGUUUCUGGAUGAACUGUCUCAUGGUCUUCGCCCUCGUGCAGACGCAGAUUUCCGUAUUAUGGAACAAAUGAAGCGUCAAGAUAGCGGAAUAGCUGAUGCUCGCCUUGCUUCAUGGGAUCCCCCGUAUUUUACCUCACAAAUGGAACGUAAAUCCUUAAAUGCGAAUACCAGUGAAUUCUUGCCGUACUUUAGUUUGGGUGGAUGUAUGGAAGGCCUUGAAUAUAUAAUGCGCUCAUUGUAUGGAAUAUCUUUAAAAAAUACCGAAAUGGAACCAGGGGAAGCUUGGAAUAAUGACAUCUAUAAAAUAUCGGUUGUGCACGAGUCUGAGGGCUUACUUGGCUAUAUUUACUGUGAUUUUUUCGAACGUAAUGGUAAACCCAAUCAGGAUUGCCAUUUCACAAUACAAGGUGGGAAAAUGCUGCCCGAUGGCAAAUAUCAAGUGCCAAUCGUGGUUGUUAUGUUGAAUCUGUCCCAACCGCAUUGGACAGGACCAGUCCUACUGUCACCUUCAAGAGUUGACAACUUGUUUCACGAAAUGGGCCAUGCAAUGCACUCGAUGCUAGCACGUACUGAAUAUCAACAUGUCACUGGUACACGAUGUAGUACAGAUUUUGCUGAGGUCCCUUCAGUGCUGAUGGAAUAUUUCGCAAGCGAUCCUCGGGUGUUGAGAACAUUUGCUCGCCACUUUCAGACACAAGAGCCAAUUUCUGAAGACAUGCUACUACGAUUAUGUGCUUCGAAGAAGUUGUUUUCUGCCAGUGAAACUCAGAUUCAGGUGUUCUAUUCAGCCCUGGAUCAUGUGUAUCAUAGCGGACCGAUACAGAAAAAUAAAAGUACAACAGAUACUUUGAUAAAAGUACAAUCACAGUACUACAGUUUGCCAUAUGUAGAAAAUACGGCUUGGCAGCUGCGAUUUUCACAUUUGGUUGGUUAUGGUGCAAAGUACUAUGCAUAUUUAAUAUCGAAAACUAUUGCUUCAUGGAUAUGGCAAACAUACUUUGAGGAAAAUCCAUUUAAUCGAGAAUCGGGCGAAAAAUAUCGUCGUGAAAUACUGGCUCACGGUGGAGGUGUACCUUCAAGACAAUUGGUAACUAAUUUCUUGAAACGAGAUAUGACACCACAGAUUCUUGCACAGAGCCUACUAAAUGAAAUCGAUAUGAACAAUGAAAGAGUUCAAGACAUCAGUAACAGUGUACUGGAUUCUAGAUUGUGAUUUUGGUAGGGGUGUAUUCAAAUCUAAGUAACUUUAGCAUGUAUUAUUUAUUAAAACAUGAAGAUAUCAUUUUAACAAUAAAAGUCUAUACGAUCUACAUACAUA